UUGAUCUGACCGGAUCAUUUUGAACUUAACCACUACCAACUAGUUGUUGAAACUAACUGUUGUUUGCAAGUAGAUUUUGCUUAUUAUUUUGCAAAUACAGUUGCUAAAUCUUUGUAAAUCUCUUUAUUUGAUCAUAUUUUAGUGCUUGAUUUUUAAUCAGCUUCUUUUUCUUUUUUGUGCCUACAUUUUCAUUUCAUCACAAUGUUGCGCUUUGCUUCCAAGAACGCUUCUCUUUUAGCUCGUAACCUCACCGCUUCUGGUGUUAGACAACUCCACGGCAAGGCUGCUCUCCCCCCUUUGCCUUAUGCUUACAAUGCCCUUGAACCUGCCAUUUCUGAAACUAUCAUGAAAUUACACCAUGACAAGCAUCACAACACUUAUGUAACCAACUUGAAUGCUGCUCAAGACAAAUUGAGCCAGCCCAACCUCGACUUGAAAUCCGAAGUCGCUCUUCAAGCUGCUAUCAAGUUCAAUGGUGGUGGUCACAUUAACCACACCCAGUUCUGGUCUAUUAUGGCUCCUGUGAGUGAAGGAGGUGGUAAGCCCGUUACCGAUGGUUCUUUGCACAAGAGUAUCGUCGCUAAGUGGGGAUCUCUUGAAAACUUCCAAAAGGAAAUGAACGGUGCUCUUGCCGCCAUUCAAGGCAGCGGAUGGGCCUGGUUGGUCAAGGACAAGGAGGGCAGUCUCCACAUCACUAGCACCGCCAACCAAGACACCGUCAUCAACGCCAAGGUUAUUAUUGGUAUCGAUGCUUGGGAACACGCUUACUAUCCCCAAUAUGAAAACCGCAAGGCCGAAUACUUCAAGGCUUUCUGGUCCGUUAUGAACUGGAAGGAAGCCCAACUCCGUUACGAGUCCAACUAAGCUUACCCUCAUUUUUGGUUGAUGUGAAUGUUUACUUGUGUAAGAAUGUCAUUCUCAUUCAACGCACUCAAACUUCAGCAAGCAUCACUGGGUUCAUACAAACUCGAUGAUUUAAAUCAACAACCCCCACUGUUUUUCUCACGAAGUAGAAGAAAAUGAAAAAAAAAUCUUAUAACGUCAACAAUGUAACGUCCAGCUUUAAGAAUUC